CUCGUUGGUUUCAUGUCCACCUAUCGUUUAGAUUCUACUCUGAUAAACUACUAGCUCCUGAUGAACAUGCCGGACCACUCUCCCACAUCGCCUGCCUCAUAUUUUCCUUGAUUUUCUUGGUCUUUCUUUGCUGGGUUUUUCUUUUCCUUCCAGCCAAACACUGCUCUUUGCUCCAUUGUCUGAAAGAAAACCCAAAAAAAUGUCCAUUUGUUUCUCUUCCCGCGUAUUCAAUCUUCACUCAGCAAAGAACCAAAGCUUCGUAACCCGUUUCUCUUCACAAUUCAUCAAUCAAAUUCAUGUAAGCUCUAUCCCUUACGCUUUGCCAUCUUCUUCUUUAAAUCUAUCUGAACUCUUAAAGCAUAGCAGACAAAAAAAACUCAACCCCAUUACAGCUUCAACAACCCCAAGUGUCGAAACCCUCUCCCAAUCUUCAUUCAGAAACAAGAAACCAAAAGAUAUUAACGUUUUGGUUGUGGGUUCAACUGGGUAUAUCGGGAAAUUCGUGGUUAAAGAGCUUGUUGAUAGAGGGUUCAAUGUUAUUGGCGUAGCUAGGGAAAAAAGUGGGAUUAGAGGCCAAAAUAGCAAGGAAGAGACUUUGAAUCAGUUGAAAGGAGCAAAUGUGUGCUUCUCAGAUGUGACAAAUUUGGAUGCUUUGGAUAAAUCUUUGAGAAAUCUGAAAGUUCCAAUUGAUGUUGUUGUUUCAUGCCUUGCUAGCCGUACAGGUGGUGUGAAAGAUUCCUGGAAGAUAGACUAUGAGGCAACAAAGAACAGUCUCGUUGCUGGUAAAAAUAAUGGGGCUUCACAUUUUGUACUGCUAUCUGCAAUAUGUGUGCAAAAGCCCCUUCUUGAAUUUCAGCGAGCAAAGCUGAAAUUUGAAGCUGAAUUGAUGACAGAAGCAGAAGAGGAUAAUGGGUUCACUUACAGUAUAGUAAGACCAACUGCAUUCUUUAAGAGCUUGGGUGGUCAGGUUGAGUUGGUGAGAGAUGGAAAGCCUUAUGUCAUGUUUGGGGAUGGAAAGCUAUGUGCUUGUAAACCAAUUAGUGAACCAGAUUUGGCUUCUUUCAUUGCUGAUUGUGUGCUGAGUGAAGAUAAGAUCAAUCAGGUUCUGCCUAUAGGCGGACCCGGGACGGCUUUGACACCAUUGGAGCAGGGAGAGAUAUUGUUUAGGCUUCUGGGGAAGGAGCCCAAGUUCUUGAAAGUGCCUAUUGGGAUAAUGGACUUUGCCAUUGGGGUUCUUGAUUUCCUUGUUAAGAUCUUUCCUUCGAUGGAAGACGCUGCUGAGUACGGGAAGAUCGGAAGGUAUUAUGCAGCUGAAAGCAUGUUGGUUUUGGACGCUGAGACUGGAGAGUAUAGUGCUGAACAAACACCAAGUUAUGGAAAAGACACGUUGGAAGAAUUCUUUGAGAGGGUACUGAGAGAAGGGAUGGCUGGACAGGAAUUAGGCGAACAGACAAUUUUUUGAGCACUUUUUUUGGUGAUGGCAAAACGGAAUGCUCAAUUGGAUAAACAAGUUUUUCUGACUCAACUAUAUUAAGGUGUGCCAUUCCUUGAUCGGUACAGCUACUGGUUUUUGUAUGAGUUUUGAUUAUUUGUUGUUAAAUGUAUUUACCGAAUCUCAACAACAACGAUGUAAUUAUAUCAUUUUCUCCAUAUUGAUUUACUCUAAUAAUACACCAUUGAUUGGAUUUUGAA